CUGGCCACGCCCCACUUUGUUAUCCGACCCUUUUCUGGGUCAGCUGGUGCUGGCGUCAGGCGGAGGGUUGGGCUGGCUCAGCUCGACCCGGCAGGGCUUGUUUACUAUGGCUGAUGAUCUGGAGCAGCAGCCUCAAGGCUGGCUGAGCAGCUGGCUGCCCACUUGGCGCCCUACAUCCAUGUCUCAGCUGAAGAAUGUGGAAGCGAGGAUCCUCCAGUGCCUCCAGAACAAGUUCCUGGCCCGAUAUGUGUCCCUCCCGAACCAGAACAAGAUCUGGACGGUGACGGUGAGCCCCGAGCUCCAGGACCGCACCCCGCUGGUGAUGGUGCACGGCUUCGGGGGCGGCGUGGGCCUCUGGAUCCUCAACAUGGAUUCACUGAGCGCCCGCCGCACGCUGCACACCUUCGAUCUGCUGGGCUUCGGGCGGAGCUCGAGGCCGACGUUCCCCAGGGACCCAGAGGGGGCCGAGGACGAGUUUGUGACCUCAAUAGAGACGUGGCGGGAGACCAUGGGGAUCCCCACUAUGAUCCUCCUGGGGCACAGUCUGGGAGGCUUCCUGGCCACCUCCUACUCGAUCAAGUACCCUGACAGAGUUAAACACCUCAUUCUGGUGGAUCCGUGGGGCUUUCCCCUCCGACCAACCGACCCCAGUGAGAUCCGGGCACCCCCGACCUGGGUCAAGGCUGUGGCCUCUGUGCUAGGGCGCUCCAAUCCACUGGCUGUUCUUCGAGUAGCUGGGCCCUGGGGGCCCGGCCUGGUGCAACGGUUCCGACCGGACUUCAAGCGCAAGUUUGCAGACUUCUUUGAAGAUGACACUAUAUCGGAGUACAUCUACCACUGCAAUGCACAGAACCCCAGUGGGGAGACGGCAUUCAAAGCCAUGAUGGAGUCCUUCGGCUGGGCCCGGCGCCCCAUGUUAGAGCGAAUUCACUUGAUUCGAAAAGAUGUGCCCAUCACCAUGAUCUAUGGGGCCAACACCUGGAUAGACACCAGCACGGGGAAGAAGGUGAAGCUGCAGCGGCCGGAUUCCUACGUCCGAGACAUGGAGAUCGAGGGUGCCUCGCACCACGUGUAUGCAGACCAGCCGCACAUCUUCAACGCUGUGGUGGAGGAGAUCUGCAACUCGGUUGAUUGAGCCGCUCUCCCAAGAGGACAAGGAGAAAGCCAGGGAGUUGCUCUCACCUUCCUGUCUCCUUACUUACCCCUCUGUCCUUUCCUCACCAACUAACAUGUGCCAGCCAGGCAGAGUCUCAGGCUGUCCCCCAGGCAGGACCACAGAAGAGCACUCCUGAUCAUGCGCUAAGGGCUGGAGGCAAAAGCCACAAGAGGCCUUGAGCUCCCCACCCCGGGUAAGAACAUAAAGGGUUGCAGAGUGCCACCCCCUUCUCCCCAUGCCAAGUGUCACCCAGGUGGCUGUGAAGGGAGCGCAGCAAGCCACAUCUGCCCUGUGCCAAAGGGAGGGUGGCCUCUUUCGUGGGCAAAGGAGAGGCUCUCUGCAGCAUUUCCCAGCUCCGGAGUGUCUGUGAGGGUAGAUUCCAUGCAAGAACAUUAUCCUCCUCCAUCACCCCCGGCCCCCGUCCCAUGCCAGUCUGUCCAGGGUCUGGUUGGGACCGGUUCCCACGUAACCACCAAGAGCAGGUCCUGGAGCUCCCUUGACCUGUAGGCUCCUCCCAUGACGCAAGAGGCCAUAUCCAAAGCUCUCAUUCAUGGAUGAGGAACAGGGCAGGGCAUGGCUGGUCCAUGGUGAAACAGCUCUGUUCUGGGAGAGCUGGGGCGAGCACCUGGGUCUGCUGAGAGCCAGGAUUCGUGGCAGCCUCCAUUUGCUGGGCUUUGAGGCAGGCACCAUUGCCAUGGGGCUGAUCCUGGUCCUGGUCCAACCCUGCCCCACAUUCCAGCCUCACUGAACAGGAGUGCUGUUUGCCUGCCCUGUGUCUCAGCCCUGGCUGCUUAAGGUGGGGACACUCAAGUGCUUCCUUCCCUGCCCCCUUUCCCUCCUAAUAGGAGGCCUCUGGCCUCCCUCUGUGCCUUGGGCCCUAACGCCCUGUCUGUAGUAUACAGUAAGGUGGCUGCCGGUGGAGAGACGGGAAGGGCCCUUCAGCCCCGGGCCAAGUCUAGAUCCGCAUUCUCUCUGGUGUCUGCAGGGUUUUCCCAACCGCCCUCAGAGCGGAGGCGCCCGUGAGCCUCUGCCCAGCGUCCAGUGGGGAGCCUCCGGUCAGCAGUUCCCUGUCCUCAUCAACCACAGGAUGAUUCUCAUUGCCUGGCCCUCCAUCCCUGCCACCUGUCCCCCAGGUCUCCAGCUCAUCCCGCCUCCGACCUACCUGUCACUCUUUCCCAGGGGCUGGUUCCAGGUGCUGCUCUGAGGUUCUGGGCAGUAGGCUGGGCCUGGCCCUAGAAUCAGGGCAGUUCCUGCCUACUCCUUCACUUUUGUAAAGCCAACCCUUUCACCAGAAUAGUGUUAACUCCUGGUGCUUUGUACUACUGGUCCAGCUGCCUUGGGCUCCUUUUCUAUAUUAAUAAAGAAAUGAGUAAAAAACUGC